AUGGCCUCCCAAUGGCAACCACCAGCAACUCAUAUAUCCCCAGAAGAUCUAAAUUCAAUCCCCUUCCAACAACUCCCUCCUGACCCCUCAUCCACAUUCACCCACGCAAGUGAAUCCGACCGCACGAUAUCCGCCAACUCCACUGUCGAACACCUCGCCAACAAGACCGCCGCCUCGACCCAGACCUCGACCCAGACAUGGUCUCAUCCUACUCAACAACCCGACGACAGUCCAGCGCUGACGACAGGAACAAGGACAAAGACAAAUGCCUCAGCAGCUACAGAUAAAACCCGAAACCGGCAAUCAAUUGCUACUGCUGCUUCGCCACGCUCACCAGGAACAGCUGCCACCUAUCCAACAGCACUGGGACCUGACAUUUCAGUACUGGACCAUAACAGAAAUGGUGCUGCCUAUUCAUCUCGACAACAGCAACAGCAACAAGCAGGAGGAUCAGGAGGAGGAAGACGGUCGGCAGACGCUCAUCCAACGGGGACACCUCAAGUUAUUGUCCGUAUCGACAGAGACCACAACAUUGGAGACGAAGCUACCCGGUUCGAAUGCGAGCAGUUCCCUGAGGAGAUGCUUGGAAGAGUAACACGGGCAGAAUUCAAACGAUCAGUCGAAGGCGUCAACAAUUGCAUGGAGGUUGCAGAAGAGUCGCUCUGGAACUGCUUCGAUACGCUGCUGGACUGCCUCUCAGCCUACACAGCAAAGCACUGUUGCGGGACUCACUACCAAAGGUCGAUACGAAAGAUGGAGAUGUUUAUCCAGGAGGAGAACAGGCGGGUUUAUCAUCCAGCCAGGAUGCACUUGCGUGACCCACAGACAGUCGGCAUGAUCUAUCUGGAAUUUGAAUUGUUCUGA